GUUCGGGACAUAGUGAGGAUACUGUUAGUGUGUUCUAUCUUGUACGUCGAUACGUUUAUAGUUGCAUCUGUGUUAGUGCGUUGCUGCCAAGCCGAUCGCGUGGGUUUUCAGCUGUGAGCAAGAUAGCCGCCAAAGUCCCUACAAGUUCUCUAGCAGCCAAAGAACUGUACUUAAUCGCCAAAGUCAACAAAAUAAAUAAUCGUCAAGAUGGAUAUGAGUUUGGACGAUAUCAUCAAACAGAACAAGAGCAAGAAAAUUGCUCAGAAAGGUAAACACCCAGGUGGUGGUACCCACAGAGCUGGCAAAGGAGGUAAAGGAGGGAGCAAGGGUGGUAAAGGUGGUUCACCAAGGAGAGGUCCACCAAGUACCCAGAAGAAUCGCAAACCAGGUGGUGGAGUUCUGCGUGGUCGCAGCCGUGGUGGCAUCUCUAGAACCACGGCUAGUUUUGCUGGACGUUCUCUACCUCCUCACAAACGUGAGGCUUUUCUUGGCUCUGCACCACGUAGAUUUGGAAGCAGUUCCGAGGCUACAAAACUCAUUGUGUCCAACCUGGAUUAUGGAGUAACUGACUCUGAUAUUUUGGAGCUGUUCAGCGAGUUCGGACCUUUGAAGUCUGCUGGAGUACAUUACGAUAGAUCUGGCAGAUCGCUGGGAUCUGCCGAUCUCAUUUUUGAGAGAAAAUCAGAUGCUAUCAAGGCGAUGAAACAAUACAACGGCGUACCUUUGGAUGGUCGUGAGAUGAACAUCCAAUUGGCCACAUCGGAAAUUCCCACAACCACCGUAUCACGAAGUUCAUCAAAAUUCUCUCGCAACUUCAAGAAACCAGCCUCCAGCGGAAAUCGUGUCAACAAUAAAUCUACAGGCGGGCGGCCUGGUGGCGCAGGUGCAGGACCAAAGAAAGGUGGACGAGGUGGCAAAGCAGGCGGCGCUGGCGGCAGACAGAAGAAAGCACCACCACCAACGGCUGAAGAACUUGAUGCUCAACUUGAAGAAUACGUGAAGAGCAAAGUAACCAGCUCUGAGGGCGCGUAGAUAUCAAUUGCGUAGAUUAUGAGUGUAUAGUUAAGACAAGAGAGAAGAAAAACGAUCGGGAUUUCAUAUUGAAUAUUUUAUGAAGCCAACAUUAACCGCGUUUUUUUCUAUUUUAUUUCGGUACGACCUGAAUAAUAGUCGUUAAUUAUUAUAAUUCAUACUUUUUUUUAUAAUCCAUUCAAUUGACAUUGUAACUGAAAAUUGUAUCAUCGUACGACAAGUAUAAUAAUAUAUUCACUUGUAUCUAGUGAAUAUUUUAUGUAGAAAUUAAUUGCAAUUUAAAUGAUUCAACUAAAAAGAAAUGUUGAAUGUGCUAAGGAUAUUA